AAACAAAAAGGCGAAGUUGAAAAAAGGAAGAAGAAAAUAGACAAAAUCACAAAAUACAAAGUACAAUUUCAUCUAAAGUCGGCGUAGAGAAGAAGAAGGAACAUCAAUAGAUUCUGGAUUCUAUUAAGCACACAGCAUAGCAUGUUUCAUCGGCUCUUUUUCAAGUGUAUUACAGUGAUUACAAUUCUGCGGUGAAUUUUUUCUAAGCUAAUCAAUUAUGGGUAACGAAGAAGGCGAUGAAGACAAUAGGGGAAAACCUUAUCAAGAAAAAGAUGAGAUGAAACUUUGGGGUAUUUUUGUUUUUGCAUUAAUCGGAGCUACUGCCACAACUUUUGCGGUUACACAAUUGCGAAGUACAGUGGAUUUUGUCUACUCUCAGUUGAGGCAGUCAGCACAGAGAAGUCGAGCUGGGGGUUCUUUUAGGACAAGUUUUCAGGAGGAAGCGUGGAAAAGAUAUAAUCGCAGGAUGCGGGAGGAGUAUGAAGAAGAAAUGGAGAGAGUGGAGCGCAUUCGCCGUAUGCAAAGUGUUUUCAACAGGGAGAGAAACAAACAUAAGAGGAGCUAUGAGAGCUGGCAAGAAAAUGGGCAAAGUGCAUAUCAUCAGCACUUCCAAAGAAAUGACUGGUACUGGAAGGCUGAUACAUCGUUCAGAGACCGGGGAACUAAUUUCAGGGAAGCUCCUAGGGCCAAUGCAAGCAACCCGUUGUCGCAUGAUUACUCAGUUUUGGGUCUUGAUAGGUCUAGGACGAAGCCUUACACGGAUGACGAGAUAAAGUCGGCAUUUAGGGAAAAGGCUAAGCAGUUUCACCCUGAUCAGAAUCAGCAAAACAAAGAGACUGCUGAAGCAAAGUUUAAGGAAGUCAUGAAGUCAUAUGAGGCCAUAAAGUCGGAAAGGAAGAAUGGCACGAGCAGAUAAAGAGCCAUGAUAAAUGCCUGAAAUUUUCUGUAACAUUUUAAAAGGUCAUGUCCACUUGAUGUUGUAUGUUAGUCUAGCUAAUCCAAGUGGUCCUUCAUGAUGGAUUCCUGGGAGACUAUCAAGCCAUUUGCUUCCAGCCUUGUGCUAAUCGACUGGUACACGUA